UUUUUAAUUCAUAAUAAAUUAAAGAGUCCAGGUCUUUUUUGAAAAAGAAUAUAAAAUUCCUACAGUUUAACUCACGGAAACUGUUGUUCAUUUAUCAUAAUUGGGUAUUCUAUUAAUCUGGGGUUAUGAUACUUUGGAAAUGCAAAACAUAUAUUGGCGAGGUUUAUGACCAUAUGAGCUCAAUAUUACAUCCUUAAACUUUUAUAGUAUUUGCAUUGGUAUAAAAAAAAUAGCAAUAGGGUUACACUUAUAUAGAAAACUUCAACGUGACAUGUAUUUUCACUACAACUAUAGGCACAUUUUUCACCCUGGAUAAAGCCGUGUGCCAAAUGUUUUAAAUAAAAUGCACAUGAAUCGAUUUAUUAAAAAAAUAAAAAUAAAUCCGAUGGAUUUUGUAUUGAAAAAGUCUGUGCACUUAGCGUCGCUGUUCACCAGCAAAAGAUAUUUUCUAUCUAACGUCAUUAUUAUGUCUUCAGUCGGUUGGGUGGAGUUGGCGUACUGUAGCUGUCGAGAAAUACGCACUGUCGAUACGCUGGCGAGAAUGUAUUCUUCAUCCAGCUGAAGCAAAUUUCUUUGUUGAUUACUUAUCGGUUUCAUUUUCCUUACUUCACACAAGUGAUUGCUUGUUUUUGGGUUUACAUGACCGCAGUAGAAUGGAGAGCCACAUACUGAAACAGCUAUUGUGGAGGUACGUCUCACCAUCCCUACUAAUUUUUACAUUUAUUUACUCUGCGUUUGCUGUUACACACUACGCCAUACCCGAAGAAAUGAAAGCGGGAUCUGUGGUUGCAAACCUCGCAACCGAUUUAGGACUUGAUGUGAAAACCUUGCGUGUACGAAAAAUGCGACUAGAUGUUGUAGCCAACAAAAAAUACAUGGACGUCAACACAGACACGGGGGAGCUUUACAUCGUGGAAAAAAUGGACAGGGAGCAAAUGUGCAACGUUAAAACAGCUACAUGCUUUUUGAAGUUGGAUGUCAUACUUGAAAAUCCAGUAAGGAUGUUUAAUAUUGAAAUUGAGAUAAUGGACAUAAACGAUAAUUCACCACAAUUUCGUCGGGAUACCAUUCAUCUUGAUGUUUCCGAAUCAACAAUAGCAGGAGAGAAGUUUUCUCUAACCAAUGCUGUUGACCCCGAUGUCGGCUCAAACUCUAUUAAAACUUAUUAUCUUAGCGAAAGUGACUAUUUUAAUAUAGACAUACAAACUGGACGUGAUGGAUCGAAGUUUGCAGACUUAAUUUUGAAAAGAGUUUUGGACCGUGAGGAAAAGGCUAUGCAUAAUCUUAUACUCACCGCUGUAGAUGGCGGGACCCCUGCGCGUUCAGGUACAGCUAAAAUUAUUGUUCGGGUUCUAGAUACCAACGACAACGCCCCUCAGUUUGAUCAAGACAGAUACACUAUAAACCUAAUGGAAAAUUCACCUAUUGGAAGCCUUGUAAUCAAAUUAAAUGCAACGGAUAAGGAUGAGAGCACGAAUUCUGACAUUGAGUACUCAUUUAGUCUUUAUACUUCUGAGAAAACCCAGUCGACGUUUGGAUUGAACUCAAAUAAUGGUGAAAUAAGAGUUAAAGAAAUGAUCAAUUACGAGGAUUUCAGAAUUUAUGAUGCGGAAAUAAUAGCUAAAGACAAGGGUGCCAAUUCAUUAUCUGGACAAUGCAAGGUGACUAUACUAAUCAAAGAUAUGAAUGACAACCAUCCGGAAAUUUCUGUGAAAUCGUUUUCAAGUCCAAUUAAAGAGGAUGUAGCGGUAGAUACAGUUAUUGCAGUAAUUAGUGUGAAUGAUAAAGAUUCGGGAGAAAAUGGUGAAAUUGAUAUCCAGAUUUCUGAUAGGUUACCUUUUAAACUCAGAGAGGCAUCGGACAGUUAUUAUGAGCUUGUAAUUUCAGAACCGUUGGACCGUGAAAAGGUCCCAGAAUAUGACAUCACAUUCACCGUAACUGACAGAGGAAACCCUCCUUUAUCUGAUAAUGACACUAUAACUCUAGAACUGCUGGACGUUAAUGACAACGUACCACAGUUUCCACAAUCAUUUUACACAAUACAAGUGAUGGAAAAUAACCCACCUGGGGCAAUAGUGGGUUCCCUCACUGCACAUGAUCCAGACCUACAUGAAAAUCAAUAUCUUGUAUAUUUUAUAGUAGAAAAAGAAAUAGCAAACACCUCAAUGUCCAUGCUGUUCUCCAUUAACCCAGAAAAUGGUAAUCUUUAUGCAUUAAAGACAUUUGACUAUGAGAUAGAGAAGGAGUUCCUUUUUCAUAUAGAGGCCAGAGACUCUGGAGUUCCUCCACUCAGCAGUAAUGUGACCGUUCACAUCAUUAUCAUGGACCAGAAUGACAAUACACCAGUUAUAGUGUCUCCAUGGCGCGCACAUGGCUCAUUAGUGGAAGAAAAAAUACCCAGAUCCACCGACAAAGGAACUCUGAUAGCCAAAGUAAUUGCAAUAGACACUGAUUCUGUGCACAACUCAAGGAUUACUUAUCAGUUUCUCCAGAACACGGAUGCUACAUUAUUCAGUCUGGACCAGUACAAUGGAGAGAUCCGAACCACAAGAAUGUUUAGUUACAGAGAUUCGCGUCGGCAUCGGUUGGUGGUGAUCGCCAAGGAUAACGGAGAUCCCUCUCUUUCUGCUACAAUCACCAUCACACUGUCUACAAUGGAGACCGCGCUUAAAAGCUAUGCUGACAUGACUGAGGUGCCUUUAGAAUAUGACAUUUUUUCAGAUUUAAACUUGUAUCUGGUGAUCGGACUGGGCUCGGUAUCAUUUCUGUUACUGAUCACCAUACUGGUGGCCAUCGUGCUGAAGUGUCAGAAACCAAAGCCCAGUAAAGCUGCUCCUCCCUGCAGGAACAGUGUGAUCAGUGAGAGGAAUUCUACCAUCGCAGAUUCCACCCUGGUCUCCAACGAUGCCUACUGGUACAGUUUAUUUCUAGCAGAGACCAGAAAAGGAAAGCUGGUAGUUAGACAACCUGUGCCAAAGGGGACAAGAUACGUUGUGUCUAGUAUACCCAGGAGCACAGGAAUGACUGAGACUAGUGACUCAGCUGCGUCCACUCUACAGACGGCGUCACUGGAGGGGUGACAUCAUGACUUGGAUACUAUAAAAAGCAAAUGGAGUGAAGUUGGCGCCAGCUUCUGUAAAGGAGAAGGAAGCGCUGCAGGGAGCAAGGGGACACAGCGUCUCAUUCCCCCAGGGAACUAGGGUUACAUACCCAAUGUCCAAUACCGCCAGACUCAACAGUCCCUGACUAAACUGUGUGGCACAGCUUUGUUCGAAGGACAGAGGAGCCAGGAGUGGCACAGAGGUUGAGGUUAUAGAGCCUGACAAAGGUCAGCAGGGUGGACCAGCCUGCAGUGUUGCAGAUGUCUUCAAAAGGACACUCCAGAGGACCAAGACUUAGAGGCUGCCACACUCUUCUCGGAGGGCCGUAGCAGAUGAGCAGUUGUCCUGACUUCCUCCAAGGACUCAUAGUGUGGAUGUAAGUGUCCAGUGCUCAUACCAGACACACCCAGUUUAGAUUCUCCUUGUCUGGGGCCUGAAAUGGAGGAGGAUAGGAUGCCUGGGGGUCAUGGUACAACCGAGGGCACCUUGGAGAUGUAACCCGCUCUAUGGUGCAAGAAGGCACUGGCCAUGCCUGGAGUAAACGCCAAAAAAGGAGGGGGCCACUGAGAGGGCCUGUAAAUCCCCUACUCUUCUCAGAGAGCAUAUAGCCAGAAGAAACACAGUCUUGACUGUGACGUAGCUCCAUGAUGCCUCGGUCAGGGGCUCAAAAGGGGGCUCAGAUAGAGCCUCCAGCACGAUGGCCAGGUCCCACCCAGGCAUUCUAGGUCACACCGGAGACCUCAGCCUCCGGGUGCCGUAGAGAAAAUGCGUCACCAGCAGGUCUCUGCCAAGUAAUUGCUCCACAACGGGGAUGAUACGCCGAAACGGCGGACGCGUAGACUUUGAGGGUGGACGGAGCCAACCCUUUGGUAAACUGUUCUUUAAGGAAUUCCAGCACUGAACCAACCGAGCAUUGGACUGCUAAUCGCACCACACAGUGAACAGUGAACAGUGAACCAUCAUGUGGAAUAAGGCCUCUUCAUGGAGAGGGAGCUCUGGAAGGGAGAAUGGUCUUUACCAACCUAGUGUAUAGACGAGAUCCUCUGAGCUGUCUCCCCUCAGCCACAGCCUCCACAGCUCUGGGCAGGGGUCAAUGAUUGCACCCGUUGCUUAAGAGAGGAGAUCCCUCAUCAAAGGAAUCUCCAAUGGAGGGUGAGUGAAGAUGGCUACCAGGUCCACAAACCACGGUCUGCCCGACAACGCGACGGGAAAAGGCGCACGAGCACAGCCUCAGCCACGCCUGAGCUAUGGCAUCCAGGGGGAAUUAAGGGAGAACCCUAGGGGACAGUGCGACAUCUUUCGAGACACAAACAGGUCCACCUGGACCUUGCUAAAUUUCUCCAAAGCCUGCGAACAGGAGCUGGACCGGGCAGGUGAAGUUGGAGAAAGGGACAAGCCUGUCUCGAAACCGUCUGCGAGUUCCAUCUGUACACCCCAAGAACUAGAGCUCCAGAUACAUGAGGAGUCGGGGCACCCUCCUUAAAGCGUGCCCAUCGAGAGCGGAAUGAUCGCAUAGACAUGCGAGCCCAAUGCGAGCACUCGGCUCCCCAGAGGCGCCACACAAAUGCAAGGAAAGUUUGCUUAGCUUUCUUAGAUGCCUUCAUUUUUUACAAACGAUUGACAAACAAUGACAUAAAUACCCAAAGAGCACUUCAUGAACAAACAGAAGCUGCCUUUGGCUUCACUCCAUGUGCAUUGUAUAGCUUCAGGUUGUGACGUCACCCCACCGGUGGUCCAUUGGACAGAUUAUACACGUGAUUCAGAGCAUGGACAACAAGGAAGUGUUCCCAAAGCGUUGUGAUGCAGCUCAAGUUCCUGAAAGGGAAGUGAUUUUGAUCUGGAAAUUGCACAUUCAUAACAUGUUAAACACCCUUACCGUAAUUAUAUAUAUUUUUUUUAUAUAUAUUUUGUUUUCACUGUGUGGACCACAUUCAGUUUACAUACUGUUAUAUAAUUUCACAUGAUAUAGAGGUAUUGAACGAUGGGAUAUUGCCAACUUAGCUUUUAGUCUUCUGUCAAAAUAAUUUUCAAAACCAUAUUUAUUCUCUAUGCAUGGUAUUUUUUUAGAAAGAUUUUGUAAGAAACAAAUAGGCUUAAACUAUUGCUUUGUCUUCUGUUUAAAUGAUAUGGCUUGGUUGCACUAAAUAUGUUUAGAUACUGAAAUAUUACAGAGAUUUUGACUUUCACUGCUUUUUGUCCUUGUGGUUUUCUUAUUUCUAGGCCUCCACCACCACCAGCAGCAGUUCCUCUUGAGGCUCCACUUUCUUCUGUUCCAUUCCACCUCUUGUUGCUGAAAUGAUGCUGAGAAGAAGCUGACCCCCCUUCCUGUCUAUUUAUUUUCUGCUUAAAAACAUAUGUCUCUGGAUCUUUCUUGUACUUCUUUGUGUAUCAUGUGAAUUAAUUCUUAAAAUCUAACACAGAAUGGGAUUUCAGCCAAGUUGAUGCGUGCAUUUCACUGGGCUCUAUGCAUGGAUCUGCAUGGGAAUACAUAUGAAAGUUUUCUUCUUUAUAUGAAAUUGUUGGGCAUUCACUGUUUGACAUAUCAAAACUAAGCUCAGUGACAGCUUAAAAUGCACAUAAAAUGAAGAAUAAUACAAAGAAGCAAAAAAAAACCCAACAUAUUUAUCUAAUUGGACCCUGAAAUUGUGCAUGAGGUUAUGACCUUGAACCAGACAGGUAAAACUUUUACUCUUUGUGUUCACUGAAUCCAUAAACGUUUUUUGAGGUUUUAUGAAAGUAGUGAAAAACUGUGAAACAGCACCACAGACCAUUAUAACAGUAUGGAUAAGGAAAUGUAUUAUUCACUAUUUACUGUGCUAUUUAUUCUGUGUAUUAAACAAUAAAUGUAUUGUUUUUGCUGAUUUUGAAUUCUUGCUGCCGGUAGAAAGUAAAAAAAUAAAAUAAAAAAGAGUGACAAAACCAGAGUGACAAACAAAUCACAACAGAUUACAAUGUUUUGUUAAUAUAAAUUCUACUGUAUCACCUGUAUUCAUCAGAAAUAUUUUAUUAGUCAUUUGCUUUUAAAUAAAUUGUAUCCAUUUAUUAGCUUAUUUGACCUCAUUAAAUAUCCUAGAUUAUGAAGGCUCAGUUAAGAUGAUUGUGUUCAUUUAAUAUGAAUAAACUUCCAAACAAAAACACACAUCACUUUGUCAAUUUCAUAUUACAUUCACUUUAGUCAUCUCAAUUUACAUAUGUACUGUAAAUAAGCACAUAUUAGACAAAAUACAGUAAAAAAACAUAUAGCUUGCAUUGUUGUGACCAUUUUAAAUAUAACCAUUUAAAAUGUCUUCAUACUAUUUAAUAGACUUUGCUGUAUUCUAAGCAUACUGUGUACAAAACACUAAUCUACAGUAAGCAUUUAAUUUUUGGUUUUCUUUUUUUUAUUUUAUGUUUUUGAUUUAAAAAAUUAUAGUUUAUGAUAAUGAAAUGUUUUGAGCUGUUUACAUUGUUUAAACCCUUGUAAACCUAAUUAUUUUGGGAUUCAUUUUUGUGUGUUAACUUUUAAUGUGCACUACAUCAUUUUUGCACUCUGAAGUUGCUUAUUAUUUGUAAAUAGCAAUCAGAGAAAUGUUAAUAAGAUAUAUACAGGGUUCUGAUGAAUUUCCCAGGUAGACACAUGUAGUGGAUUUUGAAGGCAGUACAUAUAUUCUUGUGAAUUUAUUAUUGUAAAAGGUUAAUUAUGAGUUGGUUGCUACAAAAAAAUACAGGAGGAUUGCUGUAAAAGCUCUACGCAGUAAGAGAGUGAGAGAGAGAAUAUCUGCUCUUUCUUGAAACUCUCUUCCAUUUGCAGUGCUGUGUGUAAAUUGGCACUGAAUCUCACACAUAAACACACAUGGUCUCAGUUUGACUUCAGCAUGUUCUACCUUAGGGUGAAUUGCAUCAGAGUCUGUCUAACCUCUUAACCUUUCUCUUCAGCUUUAUGACCGUCUGUAAAUCAUCAUAAACUUAAGAUACUUGUGGUUUGUUCAUUUUAAUAAAAAGGUAGAAAAACAAAAAAGUGUUUAUUGUGAUAAAGCGUAUUGUGCUUUUAUUUUUUUUUUACAGUUUAAGGAAUGCAAACAGCACAGGUAUACAGCAAAUGUGUUACCUGUAUAACCUGUAUGUAGUUUAAAUUUAGUCAUGAGCUGUUUAAUUUGAUUGCUUCGAUUUACAUAGUAUUGUGUAUCAAGAAAAUAAGUAACUGAAAGUAAUGAUAUUGAUACAUGAGUAAAUCUGAUCAUAUACAAAAAUACCCUUUUGUAUUUCUGCUGCAUGAUACAAUGGUGUUUGUUUUGUAUGUUUGUAUGGCAGGUGGAUGAUUUAAAAAUAUUCAUCCAAAAAAAAACUGCAGCAAACUAAUGCACAAACAUUUUUCCUUUUUUUUUUUUUUUUUUUUUUUUUGUUAUUUGUAUUUUUAUUAUGCACAUUAAUAAUUGCACAUGUAAAUUGUCCGCUUAGUUUAUAUGACCAUUUAAAGCUGUUUUACCAUAUUGCAUUUUACAUUUACAUUUUCCUGUGAUUGCAGCAGUAUAAAUAAAAUCCUUCAAAAGGA